UUUCAAAUAAGAGGGAGGGCCCGGCGGAUUUUUUUUUUUCUUUCCAAUUUUCCUGAUGAGGAAACUUUGUCCUAAUUUUGAUAACGAAGAUGGAUUGGAGACGGUGUUGGAGGUGCCAUUCCCUGAAGAAAUGUUGCUGUGUCUGGGGAGCUCUACAUCUACUCGUUGGAAAAAUCUGCAAUCUCUCAUGAAAGCUCAACCCAUUGAUAGUUAUUCGCAUCUCUCUUCUACCUCAAGAAAUGAAUUCAUGGCGUUGCUUAAGCUUGUUGGCUCUCCCCUCAUUCCGGUUCAAGUUCAAUCCGAUCAGACUUUAUUAACGCGGCCUCUCAAAGAUUGUUCCAUCGCAGAUUCCACGGCGAAAUAUAUAGUACAGCAAUACGUAGCAGCUACUGGGGGACUAGCUGCUCUGAAUGCUCUGAAAAGUAUGUAUGCAAUGGGACAAGUGAGAAUGUUCGGGUCAGAGAUGCAAAUGGGAGAAGGUAGCGUGCACACGAGAGGCAGGCCUGAAGUAGGGGGCUUUGUGCUAUGGCAAAAGAACCCAGAUUUGUGGUUUCUGGAAUUAGUCGUUUCCGGUCUCAAGGUUAGUGCAGGCAGCGACGGGAAGGUGGCCUGGAACCAGUCUUCUUCUCAACCUUUUCAUGCAAACAAAGGCCCUCCUAGACCCCUUCGCAGGUUCUUCCAGGGUUUGGACCCAAGGUACACUGCCAAUUUGUUCCUAGACGCAGUAUGUGUAGGAGACAAAACCAUAGAAAAUGAAGAGUGUUUCUCUCUCAAGUUAGACACGUCAAUGCACAUUCUGCAAGCACAGAGUUCGCCUAAUACUGCAUUUGUGAGACACACAAUAUGGGGAUACUUUAGCCAGCGAACGGGGCUGCUUGUCAAAUUUGAAGACAACAAGCUGGUGAGGAUGAAGCCUCCUAAGGGAAGUAAUAAUGACUUUGUAUUUUGGGAAACAAACAUAGAGUCUGUGAUGGAGGAUUAUAGGUAUGUGGACGGCAUUAACAUAGCGCAUGGCGGAACCACGGUGGCGACGCUUCACAGGUACGGUGGGUCGCAUAAUCACAAGAGGAAAAUUGAGGAGACGUGGAGGAUUGAAGAGAUUGGUUUCAAUGUCCCUGGGUUGUCCAAUGAUUGUUUUCUGCCUCCCUCUGAUCUCCAGGAGGGAACAUGA